AGAGAGAUCGCGCGCAUAAUUUCCAUAUGCGCCGAGAACCGUGUCAUUUCGAGGGACAUCGCACGGUUUGUUGACUCCCGCGGCGUCUCCGCGGCCGGUCCAAGGUUGCAUUUCGUCAGAACACCGCCUCGAAAGUAAACUUUUGCCCAACGGCGGCUCGUUCCUAUGCAUACAAAGUCGAAGAGUCAGCAGAUUGAUUAUUCGGGAGAGAUAUUGUGUUUACAAGCGACGAACUCCGCUCAGUGCGUUCCAGUGCGUUCGCUCGUGGAAGGCCGCGUAGCCUCCUUGUGUUUAUCUCGAUUGUUUGUCUGAACGUGACACGCACGGUAUCUGAUCUGUGCGGUGUAUCGCGCGAAUUAUUCAUCCGGUGCGAACGACGGAGGAAAGAAGAGAGCCCGAGUGUUCGAGUCGCGACAAAGAAUCGAUUGUAAUCGUCAGGUACAUUGUUGGACAUACUGGCUAUGAAAAUGAAGAUUCCGAAUGGUGGGUCCGGAAACGGUUAUUAUGGUCAGGAAACAGGCAUCACUUCUUAUCUAGACAGCAACAGCGACACCGAACCCGAGAUGCAGGGAAUAGGCGAUGGUGAUUUCUCCGAGUAUCUGUGGAUGGAGAACGAGGAAGAAUUUGACAAACAGGUGCUCCAACAAUUGGAAGAGGAGGAAUUGAUGGAGGAGUGUCUGGAAGCGAUGUUGGAAGAAGAGAGGCAGCACCAGAGAAAUAUGAAUUCUACUGCUUGGUCUACGGCUAGCGGCACCUCGGACGCUAACGCUGCUGAACUAUGUCAACAACUUAGCAGCCUGACGGUGCAGGACGAUCUUGCUAAACAGAGCACGCUAAAUCCAGACGCAGCCGAAUUUAUUCCAGCGUUCAAAUCGACUGUGGCGCCUGUAAGUACAUCAUCAGAGGCCACAGAAACCACAGAACCGUCGUAGAAAUUUUCUGUAUCGUUUCACUUCUCCUCACCCGUUUUGAGUCACGUAAAAUCGGGCUACACAUAAUGGUUAGAGUCUAAGUAUUUCCAAUCGGACAGUCGUAUUAAGUGGAUCAUGUUAGAGGUUCAAUGACUGUGACUGUACGUACAAAGAUAAAGAGAGAUAGAGCGCGAUUUGUGCGGGAUGGCGCGUAGUGUGCGUCAUCCAAAUGUAAUGUCAGUUACACAACCGGGCGAAAUAACUGCGCUAUCGAAAUUUUUAUAGGCGAAAAAUAUCGGAUCUGAUAUUGCACGGAAUAAUUAUAUGUAUAUGCUUUUUGCCGAAAUAUUAACGAACGAUUGUGUACGCAAAUCACUCGUUAAAAAGAAAAAAAAAAAAAAUGCAAUUUAUAUCUCUUAUCCGAUGCCGUUCACAGGUUUUCGCGGAGACAAAAUGCUUUCAGCAUUUUCAAUUUGUAUAAUUUGUAUAAAUUCGAAAAUAUUAAUGGAACACUGUUCGCAUUCGAGCGAGCAGAGGGAACAGAAUGCAAAACUGCUAUUUACGAGGGUUAUAUGCGGUUUAUGAAAUGUGUGUAUACGAACUAGGUGCACGUACAGGCAUAUAUUAUUCUGUAAAUUAUGUUCAUAUCUUAUGUAUAUGUAUAUCUCAAUCAGAUCUUAUCAUCCCGAAGAAUAUGUAAAUCUUUUUACCUUUUACAAUAUUCACUCAGCUGUAAAACUCAAGUUGCACCAAGCUGUAAUACCUUUCGCUCAGAACGGUAAAACUUUUUUUACAGUCUGAGAGGAAGUCUUACAGCUUGUGUCCAUCUGCUCCAUGAAAACUUUCCUUAAGAGUUCCUUUUGUAAUACUUAUAGUAGAGAAUGAUGAGAUGUUUACAGAAUUAUAAUUAGCAGGACAUGUAAGGAACGCGUGAUGUUAUAGAUCGUGUAACGGAAAUAUUGGUGAAUGAAUGUUUUGCUUUAAAACGAACAACUGCAAAAGCAUACAGUCGACAAAUCAGAGUUAUCAUUUGUACAAAUUAUUUUAUUUGAAAAUUCGCAUCAGGAAGAUUCGGGAAAACACUAUCAUCGAGUCCUGCUUCAGCAUUGAAUCAACAAACUUAAAGAUCUCAAGUGAAAGUCUUACUUAGGCUGUGAAGGACUCUUUUUACAACUCUUUUUUAGUGACACCGAGAAUCAGGACGUUGCUUACUUAUUUUUUAAACCGAUUUCCGUAAGGUAACACUUCGAAAUUUUAGGGAGAUUGUAGAUCGUAGAGUGUAAUCUCGAUGAAACAUGAAAAUAGAGUAAAUGGUGAAUGUACUUCAGAUCAACUUGAAUAGCAAGAAGAUUGAUUUGACUUUUUCUUUUGCCUAUCAUAUUUGUAAUAUAUACUUCUUAUUUAUAAAAGUGGAUGUCACGUCAUUUAUACUUGUACGACAUUUGACACUUUCUCUAUCGCGUAUUUUCUUUUAAAUAGCUCCUUAUUGUUUUCUUUUCGUUUUUUUGGAAAAAUAUUUUUUUAUAUCACAUCACGAUUUAAUUGAACUCGAACAGAAUUCUGUCAUUUGUAAAUUUGAAAUCAAAUCUUUUUGCGAUCCAAGAUUUAUAAUAGUGAUUAAAACGCAUUCGUGCUUACUUACACGGUGAUAUCUGCCAUUCUUUUUAAUAAUUACGAGUAAGCGUACGAAUUUUAAUAAGACCUAUACAUUGAGAGAUGUCUAUAUAUUGUUAUGUGUUUGCAUUCUAUAUACUUUUGUAAAUGCGCAUUAUUUUAGUCAGCCAAUCUGAUUUAGUGUGGACGUAAAACUGUGAUUAUCCAAACAGCCUUACUGUUUAUUAAACAGUAAUACGAAACACUAAACCGACAGUUUACUGAGUGUUAUUCGCGUAAAAGCAUCACAUUAAUCUCUUACAAUGUAUUUACUUUGGAAUUCUUUUCCCUCGCCUACUAUCAUUAAUUUUGCAAAGAUGCAAUAUUAUGUUUAUAAUAUACACACAUAAUUAUAGAUUUGCUAGCUUGGAGUAAAAAUCGCGAAAACGACUGCACGAUUUUGGGAAUAAUCGGAUAUCUUGCGACGCGCAUUAUUUUUGCGAACACAAAAUUAUAAUGCUCU